ACAUGUACAUGUACAUUUACGUGCACGUACGGGCAUUCGCAUAGCUACACACACAUAACCCCAUGAUGUAGCUGGGCGGCGGUUCACUGUCGUGUCGAAGACAGCCGAAGGAAGCGCUUCAACCAUCUUGAGCUUCAAAGUCCGGCCUGGUAUGACAUUGAGAAAGAAAGCAAACUGGGAUAUCUCAUCGAGGUAGUGACACCUCUUCAAACUGGAAUUUGGUAGAUUGAAUGGCCCUGUCACCCGGGCCUGACCGGGUAGAACAGGGGGUAAAUCUGCCGGCGUUAUUGAGGCCAGCGUACAGCAUGGGGCCGGUGCCGGGGAAUGGAGACACCAUCCCAGAUAAUAACGGUGAUCGCAGUAGCGAUUACGAGCGCAUGGAAAAAUGGCUGGACACUCAUCCGGAGUUUUCCCAUGAUUAUUUCGCUCGUAAGGCUACACGUAGUAUGAUUGAUGGCUGGUAUAUUGCCAGAGCAGUGUCUCAAACUGCCAAACCCCCAAUGGCCGAGUCUCCACAUUCACCAAGCAGCUCUUCUGGAAGUAACACUCCAGUUCGAAAAGUGUCAGCAUCGGAAUUUGAGGUGCAAGGUUCUGGGGGUUCUCUUGGCAGAAUGAUAUCUACUGUGGAUGGAGCCCCUAGUUUCUUAGGCACAAGCCACCUACACCUUCAAGGCAAUUCGAGGUCAUCACCAACACGAUCACGAAAGUCAAUCAGCGAGCUCAAACAGCUUGAUGAUCGAGCCGUGCUCAUGGAAUUAGUUAAAGACAUUGCAAAUGAUCUUGGCUUAAAUUCCUUGUGCCACAAAAUUCUUCAGAAUGUCUUGAUUUUGACCAAGGCAGAUCGUGGAUCUCUGUUCUUGGUUUAUGGCAAAGGAACAGACCAUUGUUACCUUGGUUCGAAGCUGUUUGAUGUAACUAGAGAUUCAACAGUAGAAGUGGCAGGCAAUGAGGAAGUACGUGUGAGCUGGGGUAAAGGAAUCAUAGGAUAUGUUGCCAAGACAGGAGAACCAGUCAAUAUUGCCAAUGCUUACGAGGAUCCUCGAUUCAAUUGUGAAAUUGACCUGCAAACAGGGUACAAAACCAGAAGUAUGCUGUCUAUGCCCAUCAAAGCCCCGUCAGGGGAAGUGAUAGGUGUGGCGCAGGUCAUUAACAAGAUUGGCAGUAAAGACAGACACGAAGCCUUCACUGAUAGUGAUGAAAAGGUAUUUGCUCAGUAUCUCCAGUUUUGUGGAAUUGGCAUCAAUAACGCAAGGAUUUAUGAACGGGCAACUAUGGAAAUAAGGCGAAAUCAGGUACUGCUGGAGUUGGCCAAGGUUCUCUUUGAGGAGCAAAGCACGCUAUCCAACAUUGUGCGGCGCAUCAUGGAGUUGACUGUAUCUCUAUUGCGUUGUGAACGGUGUUCGAUCCUAUUAGUCGAUGAGACAUCUAAGAGAAGGAAAAAUAAGCGCCAGCCAAGCAAAGACACGAGCAUCUUCUCACAAGUGUUUGAGUUGGGCGUGGAUGAUCUAGAGAACAAGGGUCCCAACAAUGGAAGCAGUCCUGAGUGUUGUUUUCCAAUCCACAUUGGAAUCACAGGGUAUACAGCAACUACUGGUGAGACUUUGAACAUUGCCGAUGUGUACAAGGAUUCUAGGUUUGAUCCGAAGAUUGAUGAAGAAACAGGGUAUAAAACACGCCAGAUGCUGUGCAUGCCCAUCAAGAAUGCCUUUGGAUCUAUACUAGGAGUCAUCCUAUUGGUCAAUAAGCAAGACGGUACACCCUUCAAUAGGAAUGAUGAAGACAUGUUUGAGGCUUUCUCCAUUUUCUGUGGUAUGGGUAUUAAUAACACCCACAUGUAUGAGAAUGUGUGCCGAGCUGUUGCUAAGCAACGGGUAGCAUUAGAGACAUUGUCAUACCAUGCUACAGCACCGCGUGAAGAGGCCAUCAGAUUAAAGAAAAUGGCCGUUCCCACGAUUACAGAGAUUGGACUUGAUGAUUACUUCUUCAGUGACAUGAAGCUAUCGGAGGAUGAGACGCUGACUGCAUCACUUAGGAUGUUCAUAGAUUUGGAUCUGAUCAACCACUUUCGGAUUAACUAUGAGACCCUGUGUCGAUGGCUGCUGAGUGUUAGGAAGAACUACCGUAAUGUCAGAUACCAUAAUUGGCGCCAUGCUUUCACAGUCACACAAACUAUGUAUGCAUUGAUCAAGAACGGAGGUAUGCGUGACGUACUGUCUGACCUGGAAUGUCUAGCGCUGAUGGUUGGUUGCUUGUCACAUGACCUGGAUCAUAGAGGAACGACUAACAAUUAUCAGAUCAUGUCCGAGUCCCCACUGGCCCAGCUCUACUCAACCUCAACUAUGGAGCAUCAUCAUUUUGACCAGUGUAUCAUGAUCCUCAGUAGCAAGGGCAAUGAGAUCUUCAUGAACCUGAGUGCUGAAGACUACAGUCAAGCCAUGCGCCUCUUAGAACAUGCUAUCCUAGCCACUGACUUGGCACUCUACUUCAAGUUCCGAGGCGAAUUCUUUCGACUUGUUGAGGAAGGUCAAGAUGAUUGGAGUAAUGAUGAUGACAAAGACUUACUACGAGGCAUGAUGAUGACUGCAUCUGAUGUAUCAGCUAUCACCAAGCCAUGGGAUGUACAAAAAGAGGUUGCACAGCUGAUUUUUGGGGAGUUCUUUGAGCAAGGUGAUCUAGAGAGGCAACAGUUCAAUAAGACGCCAGAGGACAUGAUGAACAGAGAGAAGUUACAUCUUCUACCAAAGAUGCAAGUGGGCUUUGUGGACUCAAUAUGCAUGCCUGUGUAUGAGGCUCUAUCUAAGACGUCAGAGAAGUUAACACCACUACUGAUGGGCUGCAAGGAGAAUCGUGAUCACUGGAAGGGUAUUGCUCAGGAAUAUAAGCAACCAGUCACUGAGAAAAAAGAGCAGAGUUCAUCAGAUGAGAAAGAUAUCGAUGAAUCGGAAGCCAUGCCAUCCUCAACAACUGACCAGCCAAGCAAUAAAGAUUGAUGUCAUACAGCAGUCUGCUCACACCAAUGCUGUUCUCAAUUCAUCCUUUUCAAGAUUUUUACCUACUCAAUUUAGAAUUCUUGUGACAUAGUUCUAGUAAACCAAGGACCUUUUUCCUCGUACUUUUAGAAACACCAUUUUAGUAUUUUAAGUCAAUUUAAAGGCUUGUAUCACUCAACUUGAAGCAUAAUCCAGACACACAUACAGGAUAUUAUACAGUUGCAAAAUGGCAUAGUGUGGUUUGGUGGAGUUGGUAUGCCCUAUUGUGGAAUGUAUUCAAUGUGAAACUGUUUUCCCGUUUCACAAAUUUAGUGAUAAAUUUAUUGUCAAAUGUAUGUAUAUAAUUUAAUGUUGGAUAGUUUUUAUGAUUAAUUUAUGGGACUGUGCAAGUUAUGAUGUGGAUAGCUGAGUGGGUUUCUUUGUCCAUCCCACCCAGUGGAUUCUACAGUAUUGGAGGUUUAUCGGCUGGACUCUCAGGGCUGCAAGUUGUCCUGCCAACUUCUCUGUCUCUCAGACUCUCUCCACCUUUCAAAUGUAUUUGUACAGGUACAAAAUGUAAAUAAAUGUUCCCUCAAACGUGUGCUACAAUAUAACAGUAAUAUAUUGGCUCCAGUUCAAGUAUUCUAUCACCCCCAUGGUUUUACAAUUUCAUUGUUUGGACACUGUUUUUCUUCAAAGCUGUGGUUGCAGAAAUUAAAGUUAAAAUAUAUUCAGGAUUCAUGAAUGGAGAUGAAUUUAAAA